AGCUGGAGGACCAUAGAGCUAAGCGCCGGGUCACGUAGAGAUCGGAAAGACGCGACAGCCCAGCCGGAAGGAAGACCGGGAGCGCAGGCGGUGAGGGAAGAUGGUGGCCUCCAAGAGGAAACGGCGUGGGGGCUUGGCAGUGGAGGCCAAGAAGCCGAAAAGAAACGAAAAAGAUGUUGGGACGCCAGACAAGCGGCGCGUCGUGGCAGAGGAGGUGGAGGAAGAAGAGAGAGACCGUAUUCCGGGCCCUGUUUGCAAGGGCAAGUGGAAAAAUAAGGAACGAAUUCUCAUCUUUUCUUCCAGAGGAAUUAAUUUUAGAACAAGACAUUUAAUGCAGGACUUGAGGACGCUGAUGCCUCAUUCUAAAGCGGAUACUAAAAUGGAUCGUAAAGAUAAAUUAUUUGUGAUUAAUGAGGUCUGUGAAAUGAAAAACUGCAAUAAAUGUAUCUAUUUUGAAGCUAAGAAAAAACAGGAUCUCUAUAUGUGGCUUUCAAAUUCCCCUCAUGGACCAUCUGCUAAAUUCCUUGUUCAAAAUAUUCAUACCCUUGCUGAACUAAAGCUGACUGGAAAUUGUUUGAAAGGUUCUCGGCCCCUAUUGUCUUUUGAUCCUGCUUUUGAUGAAUUACCACAUUAUGCUUUAUUAAAAGAACUCUUAAUUCAGAUCUUUAGUACACCACGGUAUCAUCCUAAAAGUCAACCAUUUGUGGACCAUGUGUUUACUUUCACCAUUUUGGAUCAUAGGAUAUGGUUUCGAAACUUUCAGAUUAUAGAAGAAGAUGCUGCUCUUGUAGAAAUAGGACCUCGUUUUGUUCUAAACCUUAUAAAGAUUUUCCAGGGGAGUUUUGGAGGACCAACUUUAUAUGAAAAUCCUCACUACCAGUCACCAAACAUGCAUCGGCGUAUUGUAAGAUCCAUGACUGCUGCAAAAUACAGGGAGAAGCAGCAAGUGAAGGAUGUGCAGAAGCUGAGAAAGAAAGAGCCAAAGACUAUUCUUCCACACGAUCCCACUGAAGAUGUUUUUGCUAUACCAGCUGAGGAGAAACCAGUAGAAAUACAGUGGGUAAAACCAGAGCCAAAAGUCGAUUUGAAAGCAAGAAAGAAAAGGAUUUACAAAAGGCAUAGAAAAAUGCAGAAGAAGAUGGACAGUAGGAAUACAAAAUGAAUCAAUGAUAUUUAUUCUGUAUUCAGUGUGUAAAUACUUCUGUCAUUGAGGACUGUUUUAUGUCUAUAAUUAAAUAUUAGUGUGGCAUUUAAGAAAAGAAAAAUGGAAAUCUUUAGAAUCAGUGAUGUUUAUCUUUUUCUAAAUAAAAUAUCACCAGAACUCAA